AGUAACAUCUGUUGAUAGCUGCUAUGCUAACCUACCUAGCCGCUCGUUCUGUCUGACUGUGUUGCCAGUUUAUCGAUUGAACGACGAGGCUAGCUGGUUACCAGUUCACCCAGUGGAGGACCAACCAUAGCGCUGCUGUGAACGUAAUGACUCACCCAUAUUUAGAGGUCAGGUGGUAUUCUUAGCAUUAGCCUGUGUGCCAAGCCAAAGUCCGACAGGCAGACAUGGAGACUCGGGGGAUUGAGGACAUGUUUGACUUUCGUCGGUUUCCCAAAGAUGCCGUGGCUCUCCUGCUGUUGCUCAUCUACUCCCCAGUUGGCGUUUGUUUGAUGCUGAUGCGGAUUUUUAUCGGCGUUCACGUUUUCCUGGUCAGCUGCGCAAUCCCAGAUAGCUUUGUGCGGAGGUUCGUUGUCAGGGUCAUGUGCUCGGUCCUCGGGAUGCACGUGCGACAGAGAAAUCCUCGCUCCCGGGAUAAAAACACCAAGCUCUGCGUAUGCAAUCAUGUGACAGAGUUUGACCACAAUAUUAUCAACCUCCUGACCCCCUUCAAUACUCCCCAGCUGGAGGGCUCCACGGGCUUCAUGUGUUGGGCCCGGGGCUUCAUGGAGAUCCACUCGGCCUCCAGCCAGGAAGCGGUAGGAGAGUCUCUCCAGAGGUACUGCUCUGCUGACGGUGCCCCGCCUUUACUCGUCUUUCCUGAAGAAGACACCACCAACGGCCGCGCCGGUCUGCUCAAGUUCAGCUCGUGGCCUUUCACACUGACUGAAUCUAUCCAACCUGUGGCCUUACGGGUGUCCAGACCUCUGCUUUCUUUGAGCACAGUAGAGUCCAGCUGGCUAACAGACCUCCUGUGGACAUUUUUCUCUCCAUGUACAGUGUAUCAUGUAAGUUGGCUCCCACCAGUUUCCAGACAAGAUGGUGAAUCUACGCAGGAGUUUGCCAACAAAGUCCAAGAGCUUCUCGCUAUUGAACUGGGGCUGGUCUCCACCAAGAUUACUAAAGCAGAUAAAGCAGAGCACAUUAAGAGGAAAAGACAUUCAGUACCACAAACGACUACAAGUGCCACAUCUGGCUCCAUCGGGCUGGGCUUCAUGGCCCAGAGUCUGGGCUCAGAUGACCACCGGAUCGCUAAGAUGGCCCAGCAGGUGAAGGAUGUGCUGCCACAUGUCCCAAUCAGUGUCAUUACAAAGGAUUUAGCUAAAACCAACUGUGUUGACACCACGAUAACAAACCUGCUAGAGAAUAGAGAGGAAGUGUCGAUGGAAGCUACUGGGACGUCAACAUACGGAGCCUCCAGGAUCAGCUCCUUUCCUUCUGGAUCCUCUCCUGCCAUAAAGCCUGCUGCCAAAGCGUUUGGGAGAUCGCCAGCUGACAGACACAUGUCUCUCCAGCAAAGAAAAGAGGCGUUGUAUAAUUAUGCGAGAAGACGUUACAUGGAGAAGCACGGACUGGACCUGGAAGAUGGCCACUGAACAAAACGUCGGAUGGUUGGAAACUGGUUGGAGGGAGGGAAGCAUCUUCAAGCUGUCCUGCUGUCUACUUUUGAAAAGUGAUUUUUAUUUUCUAUCAACCCCGUCGAGCUGGAAAAGGAAAAACAAAAAAAAAACUAAACUGGUUUUGUUAUCCGCAAAUAAUGGCAACAAAGUAUUCAGAACAUGUAUACAUUCAUUGAAUGGUGAUUUUAUGCAUGUGUUUAAUUCUUCAUCCUGGCUGAGACAUAAUUUUGAUAACGGUUUGUAUAACAAUCCACUGACUGUAAAUCAUCUAUUUAUUUUUAUAAUGUCAGAGUUGUUGAUGAAAAUAAAGUUCAGCUUGACCUUG